ACGGGACGGGACGGGACGAUCCGAUCCGCCGCCGCCGCAGGGGUGCCUGCGCCACAUCCCCCUGCUUUGGCAGCUGCAGCAGCACCUGGAUCCCGCUCCCGGUCCGGCCGUGCUGGGGGGCAAGGCUGGCUUUUACGACCCGUGGCGGGACUAGCAUGGGAGAAGCCCUCCCCGGGCAUGGGCAGCGCUAAGGAGCCUGAGGGGCUGCAGCUGCUGAGCCGCCAGGCCGGGGCCGAGGACGCCUGCGAGCCCGGCGCCAGCUCCCCUGGCUGCCCGCCGGCGGGCGAGUGCCUGCCUGGCUCCGGCUGUGCCGCGGGGGGCCGUGCCAUGAGGACCUGCUGCGUGGCUGAGCCGGAGGCCCAGGGCACCACGGCUGGCUCAGCGGCAGAGAAGAAGGUGCCGUCGCCGACGGGAUCAGCUCCCAGCACGCUUCUCCAGGACACCGGCGCGGAGCCAAGCCUGGCGACAGCGACGGGGAGCUGUGGGGGACCAAGUGGCGCUGCCACUGCCUGUGGUCCUGCGGAGAUGGGGGUCCCCGGCGCCCAGAAGGAUAACACAGCCCCCGUGCCCCCCCUGCCCGAGCCCUGCCUCAAGGCGCCCAGCAAGGACGUGGGGAGCGCGCUGGCUCCUGCCAAACACGUGGCGUUCAUGGAGCCCGCUGCAGGCACCGGAGCAGCUGAGCUUCCAAGCCAGGAGCAGCCCCAGGGUGGCACUGGGACGUCCAUGGGCGCUGCGCCCCAGCUGAGGGGCAGUGAGGCUCCCAAGCACCCCCAGGGGGGCACGGCAGACCCCCCGGGCACCGGCACUGUGGGGAGCGGGGGCCGAAGCGAGGCAGGGGCGAGCCCCGCCGCCCUGGGCCAGGGCAGAGCCGAGGGGCGCCCAGCCUGGGGUGCGGAUGCCGGGAGCAGCCAGCAGCCCCGGACAGCCAAGCUGCUCUGCGAGUCCUACUCCUUCGAGGUGACCCCGCCGCAGGACGCUGGGACGCAGGACAUGGGGACGCAAGUGGACAGCCGAGCGUCCCUGGUGUCGGUGGCCUUGAGCCCCAUGAGCCCCCCAGGCGGGGCUGCUGCCUUCACCUUCCCCAAGAGAGAGCCGGGCUCCGCUGCCCCCCCACGCCCGGAGCCCUCCAAGAAGGAUGCGGAGAUGCAGGUGUCCAUGCCCGUGGAGACCCGCUCGGUGGCCACUGGGCCCAUGACGCCGGUGGCCAAGUCCCCGCAGGCCUCGUACCCGGAGGUGCACGUCAAGGGGACAGUGGUGGAGGAGGCUCCGGAGCCCAUCCGGGAGGUGAGCUGGGACGAGAAGGGGAUGACGUGGGAGGUGUACGGGGCCUCCAUGGAGGUGGAAGUGCUGGGCAUGGCCAUCCAGAAGCACCUGGAGAAGCAGAUCGAGGAGCACGGGCGGCAGGUGGUGACCCCCCCCCAGAGCACCCGCACCGGCUCCAUCAAGGGAGCCCCCCGCAAAGGCGAGACCAAGAGGCAGCCCAGCAUCUUUCGGGCUCUGCUGCAAAACGUCCGGCGGCCCCGGUGCUGCUCCCGCGCCGGCCCCGCCAUGGAGUGAGCUGCUGCCCGCGCUG